GUAAAAAGUUGUAAAAACAUACUAAUGCCUCGUAAAAUAAUUGUUUACAUCUUUUUUCCAAAAGAGGGCAAAAAAAUUUCAGUUGUUGUGUCACAGUCAUUGCUAAUUAGUAGUAGUCUCUUCAUGAAACUCAUACAACAGCAGUGUCUUCAGUCAGAGGCGUCUUCUAGGUUCUCUGUGAUAAUGACUGCUACAGGAGAGCCUUCCUGCCCAGCCAUCAGUAUCUACAACAACUCUCUGAGGAAUGACUCAUUACAUUCUGCUUCCCUUUGGCAUUGAUAAACUAAAUUUGUAUAUUUGAAUGUAAUACAGAAGCAUAAAUAGAAGACACGCCACCGUGAUGUCAGUGAGGACAUGUCAGUCAGGAGAAAUUCCGGACUCCGUCCAGCAGGUGGCGCUCAUUCCCCGGUAGAACGCUGGCGCUUCUCAGAUGAACUUUCUGUUUACGCGCUUCUUCCUCAGUGUCUUCAGAGAUUCGCUCACGCUGGACGCAAUUCAGCCCGUUUUGCGUGAAAGGUGUUCUUCAUUCGUGCCGUAAGAUGAAAAGUCAGGAUAAAAGCUGAAGCACUGAGGAGCUUUUGUUGCUGUAUUUCUCUCUACGCGUCCGGAAGUGUUGACAAUGGGGACAGCUCUGAUUUAUGACGAGGAGAUGACCAAAUACAGCCUGCUCUGGGUGGACCCAGCAUGUAAGAUCGAGGUUCCCGAGCGGCUGUCGGUCAGUUAUGAGGCCCUGGUCAGGACGGGUCUGUCUGACCGCUGUGUGUCUGUGCCGUCUCGCGAGGCCUCUGAUGCAGAGAUCCUGCUCGUCCACAGUGAGGAAUAUCUGGAGGGUGUGAAAAAGACUCCGCACAUGACCUUGGAGGACUUGAAGGAGUUCACCCUGCAGUACGGGGACGUCUACUUCCACCCGAACAUCUAUCACUGCGCCAAGCUGGCUGCAGGGUCUGCUCUGCAACUGGUGGACAGUGUCAUGACAGGGAAGGUCAGGAAUGGCAUGGCUCUGGUUAGACCGCCAGGACACCACAGCAUGCGCAGCGCUGCCAGUGGUUUCUGUGUGUUCAACAACGUGGCCAUAGCAGCGCGAUAUGCUAAGCAAAAACAUGGAGCCAAAAGGGUGCUAAUAGUAGACUGGGACAUACAUCACGGUCAAGGGGUGCAGUAUUGCUUUGAAGACGAUCCGAGUGUCCUGUACUUUUCUUGGCACCGCUAUGAGCAUCAGGAAUUCUGGCCCAAUCUUAGAGAGUCAGACUACGAUAGCGUCGGCAAAGAAAGCGGAGCUGGCUUCAACAUAAACGUGCCUUGGAAUAAGGUGGGAAUGGAAAACAGCGACUAUCUGUCAGUCUUCUGCCAUGUCCUCCUGCCAGUAGCUUAUGAGUUUUGCCCAGACUUGGUUUUGGUGUGCGCAGGCUUUGACUCGGCUAUCGGCGACCCAGAGGGAGAGAUGUGUGCCACUCCGGACAUCUUCGCCCACUUAACUCACCUCCUAAUGAACUUAGCUGGAGGGAAACUGUGUGCUGUACUGGAGGGAGGAUACAACUUGACUUCUCUCGCACAAUCCGUGUGUCAGACUGUUCAGACUUUGCUCGGCGAUCCGCUGCCUCGGCUCGCAAACCUCCGUGGUCCCUGCGAAAGUGCGCUCGAGACACUUCAGUGUGUCCGAUCGGUUCAGAGGCGGUACUGGCCCAUCCUCAAGCAUGCAGCCGAUCCACCGAUGACAGACGUGAGCACCAAACGCAUCAAACUGGCAAAAGCAGAGGAAGAAAAGGCAGAGACGGCAGAGGAUGAAAGAAGUCAGGAGGAAAAAGUUUGGCCUGAGCCCGCAGAGCGCUUGCGUCCUCCCGUUUGUUCUGCGUCGGCGCUUCCUGACGACACAGAUUGUCCAGAUGGAUUGAAAUGCCUCACCUCCUCCAAAGACCUCAGACCACUUUUAGUCAGCAGAAUAAAGAACCGUUCCACAGAAGAUGCGGGUGAUGCGGACGGUGUCGCCACCUUCUCGAGACUUUACACCCUGAUUGAGAAAAUGACAACAAACGAGAUCGGCAACAGCGUGGCGCUGGUCCCUGAUGUCGCCGCAGCCGUGAAGUGUGUUGUCCAGGAUCUCGGCUCUGACCUCGCCAAACGGGUUUUAGUUGUUUGUAUCGGCAAAGAGGAGCUGAAUUACGCCACGACAGAUGGGAAAAUGCUUGUUGUACAAAUCAGCGGUGAUGACAGAGAGGAACAGAAGGGAAAAUAUUAUAUUCCAAUGUGUUUAAAGAAGGGUUGCGGUGACACGGUAGGAUUCAUCCAGGCGGUCCUUGGCCUCCUCCUACCUGUGGGAUACGAGUACAACCCGGAUCUGGUCCUUUUGAUUCGCAUGCCAGGAAGCGGAGUGAGCGACUGUAUGUGGCAGCAACUAAUCGCCCUGCUGCAAGUCUUUGCAAAGGGACACACUCUGGUUCUGAUGCAGACGAAUGAUGGGGCAUGCAUGGGCCCUACUGCCUCCGCCCUCCUUGGGCACCCUGCGCCUCCUCUGCAGGAGCUUCUGACUCCGCUCCCAGACGAUGGAGAUGCUUUGGAGAGAAUGAGAGAGAGGCUGCAGGCUGACUGGAAAAUGCUGCAAACCACAGUAUCUACAGGCAAUGGAGAGACUGCUAAAAGCUGAAGCUGUCCUGCUGCUGUUUAUCUUUGUGGAGCUGAUGGACGAUUUGACAUAUUUGACAUUCCGCAGCGAGUAAACCUCACACUCUGUUCAUUUUUAUAUGCAAACUGCUGUUUUAUACUCUAAAUUAUGUUCCAGUCAAUGAUUCUCUAGGUUUAAUACAUUCUUAAAUGUAUUUGUACUAGCCAGUCUAAUGCUUGAAUUAGUGAAACUGUGUUUUUUUUAUGGAAUGCUCGGCGGCUAACGACGUAUCUCUUGUGGCGUCUAAACGUCAUUUCUGGGGCUCUUCUUGGACUGAACGUUCACCAGUUUAUUACAUUCCAACAAGACAAAACCCAACAACUCCAAAGAACACAGCAACAGUAUUUAUGUGGACUCUGCCACGACGGUCUUGUGCGAAAUUCUGUUCCCUGUGAAAAUCUGUUCCCCCUGUGUCAGGAGCGCACAUUGCAGCCAGAGGCGGAUCUGACCUAAACUAUAUGGUUCCCCCCUCGUAGCUCUGGCAAAUAAAGAGCAAAUGUUUACAAAUUUGCGAGAUUCUUUUGUUGAUGAAGAGAGGAGCAAACAUAGUUAAAGAGUUACGGAUGUUAUGGAGGGGGAACAGAUCAUUUCAGGUGGCUGAAAUAUUUGGUUCCCCUCUUUUAACUUUGGCAAAUAAUGAUCAAAUGUCACCAAAUCCACAGGAUUUGUUGUUGAUGAUUAGAGGAAUAAGCACAGUUAAAGACUUGUUGGUAAAUGAAUUUGUUCCCAUGUUAUGAAGGCGGAACAGUUUUUUCAGGCAGCUGGAAUAUCCAUUCUCUCCUCCCCCCAUAACUUUGGGAAAUAAAGAGCAGCUGUUUCCAAAUUCUCAAAAAAUACGUCUGAUAGCAUGUAGAAAUUUCCGUAAUCCAUAUUUUACAUUAGAAUGGGAUUUUCCAGUCUACGCGGGUAUUGGUGCCCUGCUAUCAGCCAGCUUCCAUCCUCUCAUAUCACCAAUGAAAAAUUAUAAAUACACAUUACGUGUUGGAAACCUGUAUUUGGUGACUGACUUAUUUGUGGGGCUUAAGUGAUAUAGUAAUACAGUGUUCAAGGGGGACAUCUAGUGGUCAGAAAAAUGAAGUAGAAUUCAAUUUGUUGGCAAAGAUAGAGUCAUUUAUAUAUUUAUGUAAAUUAUUGUCAUUUUGGUCUUUAACAUACCAAAAUUUCUGCUUUGUAUUUUGAUCUGUCUGACUGUAAUUUUUAAAUAUUGAAUGAUUGGUGUUUUGAUCACUUACUUUCUACAGAAUACUAAUUUACUCUUUAGUAAUUUCUUGGACUUGAGUAAAAGCCAAGUCCCAGUGUCUUCCAGUUCCAAUUUUCAUUCAUCUGACGGUAAACAGACUGGAUUAGAUGGAUGAAACCUGGACACGGUUGAAUGUUCCAACAGGAAAAUGAUCUCAAACUGUUUCUUGUGAUGGAAAAAACAGACUAACAUGAAGGACUGAUCCAGACCACAAGCCUGUCAUAAAAUUUGUGCUUAGCAGUAUGUUUUCCAGGGAGCCAAUUUAAUUGCGCUUUGGUGUUUCUGAUUGAAAGAACGGUCAUAAAUGCAGACAUUUUUGAGGCCAUAAGCUUGUUGGAAGCUGCAAAAAGUCUGUGGUAGAUAAAAGCACAGUGUGCAAAAGGGACUUUUCACCAAACCUUGGUGGGGUGAAUAUAUUUGAGACAAUAUGGAGCAGAAACAAAAUGCACAAGAUUUUCAAAAUGGCGCUUCAAAGCCUUGUCUUUAAAAUUCAUUGAAGUUGGAGCUCACUGAAAAAAGGAAGAACAUCCAUUCAGAUAAAUUAGACCCUGUCUUUUUCCAGAUUUAAAAAAAUUGUUUGUUUGCUUUUAUGAUUUUAGAGUACAAAAAUGUAGUGAAUCUGCUUCAAUUGAAGUUGGGCCUAAACUGUAGAUUGCACAAAUUAUAGAAAAACACACACUGCUAAAAAAAUGGCUUCCGAGAUUCAGAGAGCAGUGUCAAAUGGGGCCGUUUUACUGCUUUUGUGCCGUUUAGAGCAACUAACUCUUUAAACUGCACUUUUUGCAUAUUUGUACCUUUUUUUUAAAUUUGCAAACAAUUCCAACUUGCAGUUUUAGUGGAGCUAUUAGGGCUAGUUAAACCUGAAUUCAAAGGCUGUCUGUAGAAAACGGGUUGUGAAACUCCCCAAAUUAGAUUUAUUUAUUUUUUUUAUAUCAAAAGCAUGCAAUCAGUCGGUGAAUCAAAAACAAAAUGCGGAGGAGUGAAAUGUUAAAACAGCAAUAACAAAGAAUGUUCACUAACAAAUCAACAAGAAGACUUUUGCAUGUUAGAAGAUCAGUGAAAAAGAGAACGAAACCAAAACGUUUUCCAAACUCACUUUUCAUUUUUCCAUACUUCUCAAUAAAUUGCAACUUCUCUA